CACACACACACACACACACACACACACACACACACACACACACACACACACACACACACACACACACACACACACACACACACACACACACACAUCAGCACACAAUUUAGAUAAAUAGUAUGAGAGACGUAGUGCCUGGUACUGGUACUUUAAUGUGUUGAGCUGGUUUUAAACUCCUUUCUUCCCAGCAGCAGUUCUGGAACUAAAACUAAAAUGACAGUGCCGUCUGAUUGGUCCAACCUGACCUUGCACCUGCAGGAUUCGUUAACGAGUGCAAUAGGUGGUUUUCUGGAGCAGUGGAGAUGGAACGUAACUCAGGCUGAACGUGUUCUGGACGCCCGACUGGCUGAGGAAAACUUCCAGAACGUGGUUUGGUACCUGGUGGUGAUGAUUGGCAUGUUUGCCUUCAUUGUGGUGGCCAUUCUGGUGAGCACCGUGAAGUCCAAGAGGAGGGAGCACUCCAACGACCCGUACCAUAAAUAUAUAGAAGGAGACUGGAGCACCCAGCCUCAGCUUUAAGCCUACAACCAGACUUACGUCAUCUCCAACCCCGGAACCAGGACCUUCCACGGGCCCGGAUCACCAUGACCGGCCCUGACCUGCCCUGCUGCUCGGCUGCAAGGCACAGUGAUAUACAGUACAUCAAGUUUGUUCAUUUAAUUUAAUACUAAACUAAUUUUAGGUGUUGUUUUAUGUCAGAUUAAUCAGAUGCAAGAAAAAUUUAAGAUCUUCCUGCAGUAAAUAAUAAAUAUGUUGUUACUAAUUA